AUGGAUCUUCUAUCUGUUCUGCCGGGGUUUUCAACGCAUGGUUUCGUCCACAUCAUCCCGCCACUGGAGCGGCGUAGAGUCACCGUUGUCGAUCUAAUCACACUCGACCCGUUGGAGAUCGCGAAACGCGCGCGCGUGCCUCCCGCAGAUGUUCGGCGCCUCUCGAAUCGCAUUGUCGAGGCAUUGCAUGGAGACCUCGGCGUCAAACCGUCCCUCCCGUCGACAGAUGCACUUGAUAGUAUCCCGAACCCCAACAUAAGCCUCGAAACACCUCGUCUUGAGCCUGCCACAAAACCACAAUGGAGCACCAUCAGCACACUGGACCCCGCGAUGGAUGCAUUGCUAGGAGGGGGGCUACCGACGGGCUAUGUGACAGAGGUGACAGGCGAGAGUGGAUGCGGCAAGACCCAAUUUCUUUUGAGCCUUUGUCUGGCCGUUCAGCUGCCAAAACCCCAGGGGUUACAGCAGCGCGCGAUAUACAUAUCCACAGAACAUCCGCUCUCGACGCCACGGCUCACCCAGCUUCUGGAGUGUAACCCUGCUCUGUCAAACCUUCCGCCUGAGCAAGCCCCGUCGCUAGAGGCAAUCCUGUCUGUCAAUGCCAUGGACCUUGAAACACAAGACCACAUUAUCAAUUAUCAGCUCCCUGUUGCAAUUGAACGUUACGAUAUCGGGUUGGUCAUUAUUGAUUCAAUCACAUCGAACUAUCGUGCCGAGCACUCAAAGAGUCUCACAUACCUCGCCAACCGAGGGCGCCAGCUUGCGAAAUUAGGCAACUUCCUACGCAAACUCGCCAUCAAUUCAAAUGUUGCUAUAGUACUAGCAAACCAGGUAUCUGACCGCUUCGAGACUAUAGGCAGUGCCGCAUUAUCACGUCCACCGUUCACAUCAAGGCCAAGUCUCACGCAGGGACAAGCAAACGGACCUUCUUCUCAGUACCCGAAAUCAAGGGCGGAGCAAUCAGCCGCCGAAGAUGGCAUGCCAAGCUCAUCGGCUCCGCGAUCCUCUCAAGCUAUACCUCCGUCCACGUAUCAUGCACCAGAGGACAAAAAUUUCGACGGUUCAUACCUCGUUCCCACCCCAGAACAUAGUCCCUAUCUCAGCCUAGCAUACCAAGAAAGAUUCUUCAGUGGCUGGGGUGAUGGUCCGAACCCAGACAGUGGAUCAUUGAAGAAUCCAAGUCUGGGCUUUAUUUGGUCGACGCAGCUUGCGUGUCGAAUUGCUCUGAAGAAAGAAGGUGUUCGCGCGGCCGUUGCAGUCCGCGGGGAGGGCACGCCGUAUCAAAACAAGGCUGAUAUCAGUCGAGAUCCAGACUCUAUAGCGAUGCCGGCACCUCCACCUCGGAAUCCAAUACCGGGGUCACAGAGCCAGUCAAUUGGUUCAAGCCCUGAGCCUGUGACGCGGAGGGUCAUGAAGCUCGUAUACUCUCCUUGGACUGGAGGGCUGGAAACUGAAGGAAAGUCCCAAUCGGCACAGAUGACGACGGAGUUGGAGUUCGAAAUCUGGAAAGGUGGAUUGCGGACUACGAGUCACGUUUAG